GCGGCUCCGCGCCGCCCGCCGCUGCUGCCGGGCCCAUGGCGAGCACGUCGGCGGAGAUCAUCGCCUUCGUGCUCACCAUCUCGGGAUGGGUGCUGGUCUCCUCCACGCUGCCCACCGACUACUGGAAGGUGUCCACCAUCGAUGGCACGGUCAUCACCACCGCCACCUUUUGGGCCAACCUCUGGAAGACCUGCGUGACCGACUCCACCGGCGUCUCCAACUGCAAGGACUUCCCAUCCAUGCUGGCGCUGGACGGUUACAUCCAAGCCUGCAGAGGAUUGAUGAUCUCCGCUGUCUGCCUGGGCUUCUUCGGUGCUAUUUUUGGACUGGUUGGGAUGAAAUGUACAAAAGUUGGAGGCUCCGAUCAGACUAAAGCAAAAAUUGCUUGUUUAGCUGGACUGAUUUUCAUACUGUCUGGGUUGUGCUCUAUGACUAGUUGUUCCCUGUAUGCAAACAGGAUUACGUCUGAGUUCUUUGACCCUUCUUUUGUUGCACAAAAGUAUGAAUUAGGAGCAGCUUUGUUCAUUGGAUGGGCUGGAGCUUCACUCUGCAUAAUUGGUGGCAUUAUAUUCUGCUUCUCAAUAGCUGAAAACAGUAAUUCUGCAAGGAGGGGGUAUGCCUAUAAUGGAGCCACAUCUGUGAUGUCUUCUCGUACAAAGGUCCACAACAGUGUCCCUGACAAAACCCCACCCAAGCACUUUGACAAGAACGCUUAUGUUUAGUUGCACUCUUGGAAGACUCAAAGCGUUUUUAAACGUGAUUUUGUACGUUUCAUUCAGAGUGAUUCCUCCCACCCCAACCUCCAUGUACUUACCACUAAUGACUUUUACAAAUAUUAACUUGCAGCUUUUUACAUAUUGAUGU